AUGGCUUCUCUUCCUAGCUCAUCAGCCACCUUAGCUCUGCAACACAAGGUGAAUCGUGUAACUGCUAAACCUGUAUCUAUGAACUCACUAUGCCAUUUUUAUCAAACCAAUGCUGGUAGUAAUAGGCCUCCUGGGUUUUGUUUCAAGACAAAAGCUAAGCUCUCUUCUGAAGCAAAUAUAGUUGAGAAAGAAUCAACCAAUGUCAAUGAGAAGAUUGAUUAUGGAGUUGUUAGUGUUCACCAUGUUGGAGUGUUGUGUGAAAACCUUGAAAGAUCACUUGAAUUUUAUCAAGGGGUCUUAGGUCUUGACCUAAAUGAAGCAAGGCCACAUGGUAAACUUCCCUAUAGGGGUGCCUGGUUGUGGAUAGGUUCUGAAAUGAUUCAUUUAAUGGAGCUUCCAAACCCUGACCCCUUGACUGGACGACCUGAGCAUGGUGGCCGGGAUCGACAUACUUGCAUUGCGAUUCAGGAUGUGUCUAAGUUAAAAAUGAUCCUUGAUAAAGCUGGUAUUCCCUAUACACUUAGCCGGUCUGGGAGGCCUGCCAUAUUUACUCGAGAUCCAGAUGCAAAUGCUUUAGAAUUCACUCAAGUUAAUGAUUGA